AUGCCGGCCACGACCAUAACCAAUCCAGACGCGUCACUUAGCACUUUAAAGGACAAAAAACGAAAGAUCGUCGAUGAAGACGCGUCUCCCGUCAAGAAAAAGCGCGUCGUGCCUGCCGAAUCGACGGCUGCCGUUCUCUCGACGCGUAACGCAAAGACUGGACGAGUUGAUAAGUUAUUUGUCAAAGUUGGCUAUCCAGUUUUGCUUGGAAGAAGAUCCAGCUGUGACUAUGUUCUCCACGAACCGAGCGUGUCCAGCAAACAUUGCGUGAUUCAUGCCGGAAACGUUGGCAUUGUCUGCCAAGAUUACUCGAGCAAUGGAGUUCUCAUCAACGGACAUGUUUUUACUGGGAAGCAAUCACUACUGCUCAUGGAGGGUGACGUGCUCACUUUACCAAACUCUCAAAGCUUCACUUGCCAGCAAUUUCUUUCGCACUAUAUCCAGGCAAAUAAUGGCUUAGAAGGUCCUAGCCGCGUCGGAAACUAUAUCAUCACUGGAAAGCGACUAGGAAGUGGCGCAUACUCUUCGGUUCAUCUCGCCGUCGAUGUGAAAACUGCCCGGCAAGCCGCAUGCAAGACGAUAAUCCGCAAGACUCAAGCUGACAUCGACGAUGUUCUCAGAGAGGUGCGCUUACUCCGACAGCUUCGACACCCCAACAUCAAUGCGGUUUACGGCUUUCACACCUCCGGUGCCAAUUUGCAAGCCAUUCAUUCUUGGACGAUGGGUUAUAUCUAUGAGCGGCGCAUAUCUCAUCGUGACCUCAAGCCUGAGAACGUUCUCCUCUGUACACCAGGUUCAUUUCCAAGGGUUGUGAUCGCAGAUUUUGGACUUGCAAGGGAAAACUCCUACGAACCAACGGCCAACGUCGCCGGCACAGUGAGCUACCUCCCACCUGAAGCAAUCAACGCCCUCGCCUGGAGAGAAAUGUAUAGCUCCGAGACAACAGACUCAUGGGCUCUUGGUCUUCUUGUGUUCAUCAUGCUUCAGGGAUUUCAUCCAUUUGACCCUAUAGGAAGAAGCAAAGAGUCUCGGUAUCCCUACAAUAAUGUCGGUGAACUGGAUACUCCCGCCCAUAGUGAGGAAGUCGUGCGCCGUAGAAUUGUGCAGAAGGAGAAGGUUUUUAAAGCAGAAGACUGGGUUGAACUGGCUCUUGGUGCGAAUCCUGAAGACUUCUCUCGCGACUUCAUUUCCGCUUUGCUCAUCCGGGAUAUCCAGAAACGGGCAAAAAUUCGUGAUGCAAUGCACCAUCCUUGGAUCACAAGAGACAUUGCAUCACUCAAGGCGGCUUACUUGCGAUACGUCGAACAGCCUCAUACGAGAUAG